AUGGCCGCCGUGGUGGAUCCGUUGCGAUACAACAAUUUGGUGUCGCUUGGGGAAGCGGAUGCAGCACGCCAGGCUCCAUUCGUUGAUGACACCAUCAACGGUCCCAUUCGCGAUGUGUUCAUUAAACACGGUGUACAGGACAUUUUUUGCCUGUACUUGCAACACCGUCAUCACACCAUUGACGAAGGUCAGGCUGUUGUCAAGGUCAAUGGCACGGCACACCUGAUGAAUGGCCAAGCGAUGAACGAUAUUGUCGCUUUUGGGAAUAAAAUCGUUCCAACGACGUGGAUGACAUCUGGCGAUGAAGUCAUCCCCAUGGAGCUCACGGUUGCUCCUCUUGGGUAG